GGGGUUGUGGUCCAAGGUGCGUUACACGGCAAAAUUUGACAAGUCGGUCGAAUUGUUGUUUUUCUUUAACUUUGAAAAAAAUUCAUAAUAAAGUAUGGGUGUGAUCGAAGCAGACGUGGAAAUGAAGAACGCAGACAGCCCGCCAGGUUUGGAGGGCGGCGACAGCAAAAGGGACACGGAUAUACAGGGUGUGAUGGAAAUUCGCGAGCAAGCAAGACAAAUCGAAAAAGCGGUGGCGAAUAAAGAAAACCGCUUUAUUUUGAGGGUUUUGAGGUGCUUGCCGAACACGAGACGCAAAUUGAACGGUAUAGUGCUGAGAAGUUUGAUCUCCCAGAUAUAUCCUUUGUCCGAACGGGAAGCUUUGUUGUCUUUUGUUGAAGAGGCUGUAGGGUCUGAGAUUGAUUCUCAGACGAGGGCGAGAUCAGCAACUAAAACCCCCGUGUCGGAAGUUGACUUGUACAUCCAUCUCAUCAUUCUGGUACGUUUGAUUGAUACAAACAAACUAGAAGAAGCCUUACGGUGCUCCCAGGCUUUAAUGGGUAAAAUCACCAGUCAAAACAGACGUACUUCGGAUCAUAUUGCAGCUAAAUGCUAUUUCUACCACUCCCGCGUCGCCGAAUUAACCGACAAACUUGAUACAAUUCGUGCGUUCCUACAUGCACGGUUAAGAACAGCCACACUGAGAAAUGACUUUGAAGGGCAAGCUGUGCUUAUAAACUGCCUAUUAAGAAACUAUCUGCAUUACUCUCUAUACGAUCAAUCAGAUAAAUUGGUGAGCAAAUGCGUUUUUCCUGAAACUGCAAGUAACAAUGAGUGGGCAAGAUUUCUGUACUAUUUAGGCAGAAUUAAGGCUGCCAGGUUGGAGUACAGUGUGGCCCACAAACAUUUGGUGCAAGCUAUGAGAAAAUCUCCGCAAAACGCCGCUGUCGGUUUCAGGCAAACAGUACAGAAGUUACUGGUGGUUGUAGAGUUAUUAUUGGGUGAUAUCCCUGAGCGUCAAAUAUUCAGACAGGCUAGUAUGAGGCAUUCUCUGGCCCCAUACUUCCAACUCACUCAGGCAGUGCGUAUGGGAAAUUUGCAACGAUUUGGGGAAGUUUUGGAGAACUUUGGGCCCCAAUUCCGAGCCGACCACACUUUCACCCUGAUCCUGCGUUUGCGCCACAACGUGAUCAAAACCGCUAUAAGAUCCAUUGGAUUGUCAUACUCAAGAAUAUCCCCACAAGAUAUUGCUAAAAAACUAGGCCUGGACUCUGCUGAAGAUGCCGAAUUUAUCGUAGCUAAGGCCAUUCGUGAUGGGGUUAUCGAAGCAACUUUGGACCCCCAGGGGGGUUAUAUGCGAAGCAAGGAAAGCACCGACAUCUACUGCACAAAAGAACCCCAAAUGGCCUUCCAUCAACGUAUUUCAUUCUGUCUCGAUUUGCAUAAUCAAAGUGUUAAAGCUAUGAGAUACCCUCCAAAGGCUUAUGGUAAAGAGUUGGAGUCUGCAGAGGAACGCCGCGAAAGGGAACAGCAAGAUUUAGAACUUGCCAAGGAAAUGGCUGAAGAGGAUGAUGAUGGUUUCCCCUAGACAUUUAUUUAAAUCUGUGUGGUUUACUUUUUUUCAUAUAUUAUAUGCUUUGUAUUUUUUAGUUAAAUAAAUACAUCUUAUUUAA